AUGUUCACACCGUUUGCUCUCCUUUGUCUAUUAAUUGCUAUAAUUGAAUCCAUGGCAGGAAUUCUAGGAAAUGGUAUUAUCUUGGCUGCCAGUUCACGGAGCUGCAUUAGGGGCAAAACACGGUCCCCAUAUGAUACAAUCGUGAUCUCUCUGAGUUCAUCUGUAAUAAUUUUGCAAUCAUGGAUUUCAGUGGAUUUCUUAAUGAAUAUAUUUUAUGAACCCUUUUUUUAUACAAAAGACUUGCUCAAGCUGACCAGGAUAAUUUUUACAUUUCUGAACUACUCCAGCCUCUGGUUUGGAGCCUGGCUUAGUGUCUUCUAUUGCAUCAAGGUUGCCACUUUUACACCGUCUUUCUUCAUCUGGCUGAAGCAAAGAAUUGCCAGGCUGGUGCCCUGGAUGCUGCUCACAUCAUGGCUCUGCUCCUUCACCGCUGCAAUUCCCUUCAUCUGGGAUGACUAUGCUCUGCAGAGGAACUUCACUGCUCCUCAACAUAUGACAAACUCCUCAGCAAUAAGAACCACAAAGAAAGACAGUUUAGCUUUAUUAAUUCUUCUCUGUAAUGUUGGAAUAACUAUGCCUUUAAUAUUGUCUGUUGUUUCUAGUGUCCUGCUGAUUCGGUCUCUGUGGAUACACAGGAGACGGAUGCAAAAUAACGCAAGUGGCUUCAGGGAUCCCAGCUCAGAGGCACACAUCAGUGCCAUCAAGUCGGUCUGUUCCUUACUUAUCAUUUACAUAAUAUAUUUUAUUUGUGUGCUUAUCAUCCUUUUCAAACUUUUUCCAGCUUUAAGUAUUGGAGACUCGAUCUGCAUAGUUGUAAUGGCUGCCUGUCCUACUGGACACACAUUUGUCUUAAUUUGGAGCAAUCCAAAAUUUCGAGCACAACCUGUUAGGAUUUGGCACCACAUUAACUGUCAUGGCAGAACUGCAUCGACUUAAAAGACAGUGGCUCUGCCUGGUCUUUCUAGUUUAGAUCCAAGUGAAUCAAUUGAAAUCAUCAGAGGUAUAAAUAAUAGAUGUUGCAAUGAGUAGAUGAGGGCCUUGAUCUGCAAUCAUGAAGAUUUGGGAAUUUGCUUCACU